UCCACCAUCUCUCAGUUCAUCUAUCCUCACUCUACAGAAAUUAAUAUGUCCCUGGAUGCUAAACUUGUAGCCCUUGCCAAACCUGUUGAGACUACUCAGCUGAAGGAACUGGUUGGUCGCCCCGCCUCUCUAAUUACAGGGGCAAGGAAGGUCAACACGCGUUAUGGAAAGACGGCUGUGGUCCUAGAUAUCAAGAUGGACGAUCUGACAACAACAUCUGUGUUUCUACCGUCAAAAUAUGGUGAGCUAGAGGACGCUGAGGUUGACCAGUUAACAGUGGAAGGAUACAAACUACUAAUCACAGCAAACGAUGGAUCAUCCACCCCAAACAUUCAGAUUUUUAAGUAAUUUUUACUAAUUGGAGAGUAGCUUAAGAUUAAAUUUCAAAUUUUUUAUGGUUAUGUUUAUAUGUAAUUGUAUUUAGUAAGAAAGUAGCCAAUAAAAUAUAUUGUUA